UGCCCGCCGGGGGAGCUCCGGGAGCGCUCCGGGAACGUCGGGGCUCCGGGAGCGCCGGGGGAGCUCCGGGACCGCCGGGGCUCCGAGACUGCCGGGGGAGCUGCGGGGCAGCUCCGGGAGCGCCGGGGGAGCUCCGGGAGCGCCUCGGGACCCCUCGCCCUGCCUGCACCGGUGCCGUAGCUCCUGUCCAGCGAGCCCCGGAGCUCCUGCGGACCUCGGGCCAGCGGGAGCCCUCUGGAGCCCGCUUCACCCACCGCCCCAGCAUGCGGACGCCGACGGAGAUGAUCGUGGGGCUGGUGUUGUGCCCCUGCGGGCUCCUGCUGACACUCACGGGCACGCUGGCACCCGGCUGGAGGCAGGUGAGCCUCGUACCUGACCAGCCCAUGGACGUCGUCUGGGAGCAGGGCAUUUGGGACAUAUGCAGGGAGCGGCAGAGCACCCAUGACCGCCUCUGCGGACAGGCUGACGAGCUGGGCUACUUUGAGCAGGUGCCCGUGCGGGUGGCCCAAGGGCUGAUGCCCUCCUCGCUGGUGGUCACCCUGGUGGGCUUGGUGGUGGCUACCCUGGGUGUGCGCUGCUGGCAGCCGGAGCCCCGGCACCUGGUGGCCGGCGUGGCAGGGCUGGUGCUGCUCCUCUCUGGGCUGAUGAGCCUCGUGCCCAGCUCCUGGUACACGCAGGAGCUGUGGGCACUGCCUGCACCACCUGGCAGCACGCUGAGCGUAGGCUACAGCUUGGUACUGAGCUAUUUGGGAAGCUGUCUGGAGAUCCUGGGAGGGCUGGCCCUCGCCCUCAGCUUCCAUCACUGCUGCAAGGAGCGCAGGGCUCCCAAAUUGCCCCCCACCCCUGUGACAGAGGCUGGGUCGUGCACCAGUAGGGCUUACAGCAAUCCCUGGGAUGUGCUGGAGGAUGAGCAAGACAGACGGCACUGGGGGAGCAGACCACCUUGUGACUCUGACUUGUAGCCCGAGCACUGGGACAGCAGUCACCUCCCUGGCAUCAAGAGCAGUGCUGGCCCCUGCCACUACAAGCCAUGCCCCUCUCCUGGGGCCCCCCUGAACAGGCUGGAAACAAGAGCAAGGACCUGUUUUGAAUAUUUGUAAUGUAACUUCAUCAAAAGCCUGCUGUGCUCCAGGAUCUACAACUAUGCCAAAGCCAUGCUGGAUUGAGGACCAGAGGUGGCUCCAGUCCCUCCAUACCAAGUUUACCUCAUCUUCCUGUACCGUGCACAGCAGCUUGGGCAGAGACAGCUUUGGUGCUCCCAUGUGCUUACAUGGGAACAGACCGGUCAGAAGCAUGUAACCUUCAGAGCUGGCAGUAGGGGAGGGGAGCACCUGUCUCAUGUCUCUGCUCAGCUCAGGACCGUGCAAACAGCGAAAUAAAUGCAAAGCCAUGGGUUUA